UCCUCCCUGGCCCGAGGACCGUUGGCUGCAGUUGGGGAGUUGGGGUGAAACCAUGAGCUCCCCCUCGCGGCCCCUGAACGGAAUGCCCGGGUCCGGGGCAGAAGGCCAGUCUCCUUACCAGAGGUUGAGUCGGUGGAUGCUGGACAUUUCCGGGGACCGGGGUGUGCUGAAGGACAUCAUCCGAGAGGGUGCCGGCGAGCUGGUGACCCCGGACGCUUCCGUGCUAGUGAAAUAUUCUGGAUACCUGGAGCACAUGGACAAGCCUUUUGAUUCUAACUGCUUUAGAAAAACUCCUCGGCUCAUGAAGCUUGGAGAAGAUAUUACACUUUGGGGCAUGGAGCUGGGCAUUCUGAGUAUGCGGAGGGGAGAGCUGGCUAGGUUUCUGUUCAAACCAACCUAUGCCUAUGGAGCACUGGGCUGCCCGCCCUUGAUCCCCCCAAACAGCACCGUCUUGUUUGAGAUUGAGCUGCUUGACUUCCUGGAUUCUGCUGAAUCAGACAAAUUUUGUGCCUUGUCAGCGGAGCAACAAGAUCGAUUUCCACUUCAGAAGGUCCUAAAAGUGGCAGCUACUGAACGAGAGUUUGGCAACUACCUUUUCCGCCAAAAUCGUUUCUACUAUGCCAAAGUGAGAUAUAAACGGGCCUUGUUGCUUCUCCGCCGGCGCUCAGCACUCCCUGAAGAGCAGCACCUGGUGGAAGCUGCCAAGCUACUUGUUCUCCUUAACCUCUCCUUUACGUACCUGAAGCUGGAACAACCCACGAGGGCCCUGCACUAUGGAGAGCAGGCUCUGAUUAUUGACCAAAAGAAUGCCAAAGCCCUCUUCCGGUGUGGACAGGCCUGUCUCAUCAUGACUGAGUAUCAGAAGGCCCGGGAUUUUCUAGUCCGAGCCCAAAAGGAACAGCCUUUCAAUCAUGACAUCAAUAACGAGCUGAAGAAACUGGCCAGCUGUUACAGGGACUACACGGAUAAAGAGAAAGAAAUGUGCCAUCGAAUGUUCGCUCCUUAUGAUAAUGGCUCCACAGUAGGAGAAAAUUCAAGAUUCUUCAACUAACUGCAAGCAAGAGAAGUGAGGCUGCUGGAGUUCUCCCUUGGUACUGGUGGGAAUUGGGGGGAGAAAGAGCUCCCUGGGCGCCCUGUGUCACAGUGGCCUGCUUGGAAGAGAGGCUGGGAUUCCACAGCCCUGGGCAUUGCCUCAUCUCUGACGCUGCUGAACUGUGUUUUCACAGGUGCUGUUUUCUGUUUCACAUUUUCAUACACGUAGUAGGGGGAAGUGUCUCUACUGACAAGUAGAAAAAUGCUAUUCCUUUUAAGGCAGUUUUUCUUUUUUUUUCUUUAAUGGAAUUAGUCCUUGGCUUUUCUCCCAGUCCCAACCCUCCUUCCAACUGCUUAAUGGCCCUGGGUAAAUACAAAUAGAGAUCGCUGUGUGCAUUUUAUAGGGCUCUCUGUUUUGAAGAGGGAGAAUUAUGUUACAAAUGUUUUUGUUGUAAAUAAAUAAAAUACUUCCUUGUCCUUGCAAGAUCCAGUAUACAUUUAAUUGUGUGAAUUCAACUAAACUUGUAAAGUCAGUAGGUGGGGUGAGGGACAGCUAUUCAUUAGACCAGUCGGGUCAGCAAGAGGGGUUAUUGCAUGGCUUUCUAGAGCCAGAGUAUUUCUUUUCUAUUUACCUAAUAAUAAAAUACUUGUGCAUUUGGAUUUAGGUUCCCUUGAAACCAGCUGCCUUCUGUGGGGAGCUGUUUCAAGACAGUUAAUUGGAAACCUUGGUGCCAGUCAGUCUUUCUGCACUUGUGCACCCCAGGGCUUCCCACGGCACCUCUCAGGGCUUCGACGUGACUCCUGGCGGGGCGGCC